AUGAAACAGAUAUCCUCUUUGCCCCGGCGCCAAGGUGCCCUGCUGACGCAUCUGCGGACGCGUCACAUCGCUCUUGAUGCGUUCCUUCACCGGAUCAAGGUCGUCGAUGAUCCGGGGUGCAAGCACUGUGACCGGGGGACCGACGAGUCGAUUCGUCAUUUUUUGUUUGAGUGCCCGGCUUGGGAACGGGCGCGGCGGCGGUUGAUUGGAGUGGCGGGACGCCAGGCGGAGUCGCUGUCCUUUCUGCUCGGCAGCGACAAGGGGAUUGGCUCGUUGAUGGCGUUCAUCAACGCGACGGGCAGGUUCCGCAAGACCUAUGGAGAUCUUAGCCGAGUGAACUCGGCGUGA